AUGGCACGACAGUCUCAGCAGCUCGAACUAGCGGAGCGGCCGACGGGGCCCAUCGUCCCCGGCAAGACGUUCCGGCAGCGGACCGUAGCAGCACCGACCGAGGCCGACCUCCAGGACGGCCAGCUGCUGCUCGAGUGCCUGUACGUGUCGUACGACCCGGCCAUGCGCGGCUGGCUCGACGACAAGCGCUCCUACAUCCCGCCCGUGCAGAUCGGCGAGGUCAUGCGCGCCGCCACCAUCUCGCGCGUGCUCGCCUCCCGCUCCGCCAAGGCCAAAGCCGGCGACAUCGUCACCGCCCCGCUGGGCAUCCGCGAGGUCGGCAUCCUGCCCGAGAGCCAGGUGGAGCCCGCGUCGGCACUUGUCGCGGGUGCCAAGGUCACCGACCUGCUCGGUGUGUUCGGCCUGACGGGCCUGACGGCGUAUUUCGGCAUGACCAAGAUCGGCGAGCCCAAGGCGGGCGACACGGUCGUCGUCUCGGCGGCUGCUGGCGCGACGGGGAGCGUGGCCGCGCAGAUCGCAAAGAUUGCCGGCGCCCGCGUCAUCGGCACCGCCGGCAGCGAUGAAAAGUGCCGCUGGCUGAAGGAGGAGCUGGGUCUGGAUGUUGCCCUCAACUACAAGGACCCGGAGUUCCACAGGAAGUUUAAGGAGGCUACCCCCAAGUUUAUUGACGUGUUCUUCGACAAUGUCGGCGGCGAGCAACUCGAGAUGGCGCUUGGCCGGGCCAACGCCUUUUCCCGCUUCGUCAUGUGCGGCGGUAUCUCUCAGUAUAACUCUGAGAGCAAGUCAGGGCCCACGAAAAACUUCUUCAAUAUCAUCGGCCAGCGGAUCAAGAUGCAAGGCUUCAUCGUCUUCGAUUAUGCGGAAGAGUAUGCCGCGGCAAGAACGCAAAUUGGGCAGUGGCUGGGUGAAGGCAAGCUCAAGAGGAAGGAGACGAUCCUCAAGGGCGGCGUGGGGGCCUCAGAAGAGGCGCUCGAUUAUCUGUUCCAGGGUCGGAACAUUGGUAAACUGAUGGUCGAGGUCAAGAACCCGAGAGGGGGACGCGGCACGGCUGUGACUUGCAUGUUAGAUCAGAAUAGGAGUAAUUAG